AUGAAGUUGUUUGCUUCAUUAUCAAUUUUUUCAUUAUCAGUGAAUUCCUACUACGCUUAUGCACAAAGAGAUAACCCAAUUUGCGAUAGGUCAAAUACAGGGAAAAGAUGCUUAGCUUGGGACUCAAGCCGAAGAUAUCCGCAAGAGUGCAACGGUAGAUAUGCUUCUGGAGGUUGUUCGAACCCGGAUAAUGAUUCAAACGGUCCAUGGUGUUACACAAGUUACGCAAAUACAGGAGAUUACUGGGAGUACUGUGAUUCUGCUUGUGCAAGUCACGAUCUUUGCGGUAAUCAACAGCCAACGAUCUCUCCACCAUCGAGUGGAAAGUGCUCUCAUACUAAUGAAGGCACUCAAUGCAGAAAUUGGAAGAAUUCAGUAAACAUGUCACGAAACCGCUCGACUCAGAGAUGGAUGCGAAAUCAGGAUCACAAUAACUGUGCGAAUCCUGACAAUGAUUCAAAAGGAGACUGGUGUUUUAUUGAGGCUUUUAAUGGAUCACAAAACUAUGGCUAUUGUCCGAAGAAUUGUAGACUUCCGUCACCUAGACCAAGUUCGACAAAACCUCUAUCAUUCGAGCAACCCAAAUGUGCCCCUUUAAAUGAGAAUCUUUUUCGAUUCAGAGACCAUAAUGGUGUUUUGUCUAAGCCAACAACAUGGGAAGUGCCUGAUCAAACGCCAGGCGUUUCAUUCAUGGGCGACAUGUACGGUCCAGUCUGCGAUCUCGGUAGUGUUCGGAGAGCAGAAAAGGGCCAACUUCCUUGGCAAGUGCAGUUGGUUGGACCUUUUCUUUGUGGUGGUACGAUCACAGCCCCGAGAAUCGUGAUCACAGCAAACCAAUGUGUCGAUAAUGCAAUUAAUCCUAGAAGAUGGUCUGUUCAAGCGGGGCAUAUUGAAAAAUCGAAUUCUUGGAUCGUUUCUGAUGGAGCCCAGCGAAAAAGAAUCUUAAAAAUAGAGACGACUGGGAAAUUCAACAUUCCUCGUCAACUGAACAAUGACAUUGCCAUCAUGGUCACUGAUACUGCAUUCCAGUUCAACGACUACGUAAAACCAGCAUGCUUGCCUCCCAAGAAUUUUAAGCCAGUAGGAGGAUACUGUUUCAUUUCUGGCUGGGAUCAUACUGCCUCAGGUGGACAUUCGUCUGACCGACUUCUCUGGGACCUUAUUCCACUCUAUGAGAGAAUUUUCUGUAGCGAAAAACUUGGCUCGACCCUUACUGACAACAUGAUUUGCGGUGGAGGAUCAGGCAUCUGCCAAACAGAUAGUGGUAAUCCACUUGUUUGUGCUCUCAGGCAUUCUACCGGAGCAAAUCAGUAUGUUCUCGCUGGGGUAAAUUCAUGGGGAGGCUGUGGAGAAUCUCCAAGAGUUUACUGCGAAGUUGCGGAUCAUGUUGACUGGAUAAAUCGAAUUACUGCUCAAUUCCCUUAA